AACUACCUAUAUCUGUAGUUUUCGAUAUCAUCAUAAUACUAUUAGUAUUACGGUUUAGGACUUUAAUAAUUCGUAAUUUGUUUUCAAAUUUAAUUUUUUAAUAAUUAUGUUAAGGUUUUUUUAAAUCUUAAGUUUUAUCUUUGUACCUAUUGACUAAAGCAUACAACAAUCUAUCGUAAUUGCUGUAGGUAUAUAACAAAACUCCAAAGUGAGGUCGUUAGAAGGCAUCAGUGAAUCAUCCAUUUCAAUACAAUAAAAUUACUACCUAGUAUAUCCGAGUUAAGAGUAAGAUUAAUUUAAAUAAUCUCAAAAGAUGGAGUGGUUAUUUGGUCACCGUAUGACUCCUGAUGAAAUGCUGCGAAAGAAUCAACGUGCGCUGAACAAAGCGAUGCGAGAUCUUGACCGAGAACGACUUAAGAUGGAGCAACAGGAAAAAAAGAUUAUUGCUGACAUCAAAAAACUUGCUAAGGAUGGACAAAUGGAUGCAGUCAAGAUCAUGGCAAAGGAUUUGGUUCGCACCCGGCGAUAUGUGCGCAAGUUUAUUGUAAUGAAGACCAACAUCCAGGCAAUUUCCCUCAAGAUCCAAACACUUAAGUCACAGAACACCAUGGCACAGGCCAUGCGGGAUGUGACGCGUGCCAUGGCCACCAUGAACCGCCAGCUCAACAUGCCUCAGAUACAGAAGAUAUUACAGGAGUUUGAGAAACAGUCGGAAAUUAUGGACAUGAAAGAGGAGAUGAUGAACGACUCCAUAGAUGAGGCCAUGGAGGGUGAUGAUGAUGAAGAGGAAAGUGAUGCAGUAGUGUCGCAGAUACUAGACGAGCUUGGACUACAGCUGAACGACCAACUGUCCGGACUGCCCCAGGCGACCGGUUCUCUCUCAAUAUCAGCAAAAACACCAGCGUCCCCUACGGCGGCGACAGCAGGCGCCGCAGGUGGAGCCGGGGCCGGGGGCGGAGGGGGCGCUAUCAGCGACGCUGACGCCGAGCUCCAGGCGCGACUCGACAACCUGCGGCGAGAGUGACCGGUCACCACACAGCGGGCUGGCACAUGGUGCAGCUGCUGUUGGAAAUUGUUAAAGAGUUGUUUGUGAGAAAUGGACAGAGUUUAUUGCAGUUGUUUUGAAAUAUAUUGUUUAUAACUAUGUUAUACAAACAUAAUAUGUAUAAAUCUCAUUCCAUCCAUACAUUUUAAAUAAACUUGAUGGAAGUCUACUUAUUAUCCAUAUUUAUUCCCGACUGAUCCGGGGAUUGGUGAACGAUGCGGUAGAAUCCCGUAGAGCCUGCGGGUGGGGGGUUUGUGAAAGUAAAACGCCGCUUUGAGGAGAAUCUCUCGGACUGGUGGUCGAGAGACCAUUUUUUGCGUGUCGUGUCAUCCUAGCCGGUUCUCUAUAUUUAUACACUUUCUCCCUGCAAUAUAGGAACAUCUUUUCGAUAGGAGUGAAAGAAAUGUUCCUAUCAAUUUCGGGAGCCUUGACUUAAACCCUAGAUAUGUCGUAGAUAGCACCGCAAAAUUGAGAAGUUUCCUAAUUUUAGAUCGAUCUACUUUUCGCUUUCGGAUUGCUUAUAGCUAUUGUGUCUAGUCUGGCCAUCAUUACUUUAUUUAUUAAAAAACCUUAUGAACUAAGCGCAUUAAAUAUCUAAAGACUAAACAAACCUAGCUACACUAUUAAAACACAAAGAACAUGAAACGAACAAUCUAGUAGGUCUAUGGACGGUCUACGGUCUAUGUAGGCAGCACCACGAGUUUCUUAGUUGAUCGGCGCGGGACUCCAGUGCGGAUGGUGACGUCAGCCUUAGCAGUCCCGGCAGUGACUGCAGCAGUUCCGGUCCGGUCAGCAGGUGGCCGUUCAGCCAUUACCCACGCGUUCGGACUGCAGCGUCGAAGACAGGGCAUACUUUCCCCGGCUUGGCUGGAUGUAGUACCGGGCACCUUCGCAGUGUUGUACAUGCGUGGUGAGGGCGUGAUCGUAGUUGUUUGGUACGUUGAUCACGUCGGCUGGUGGUUGGAAGUUCAAUGGUUUUCUCUCGAAGUAUGUUGAGGGCACGCUCGUUUGGGUCGUCGCGACGUUAUACUCCCAGGCGACUAUGCUGAAAUGCUUCUUGGCGGCUUCUUCUAAUGAAUCUUUGACUUUGGUGAUACGGUAUAUGUGAUGGACUGAGUGACCCAGGCUCCGAUUGGUUGAGCCGUGUAGUGCAUAGCCAUCCUAGCCGUGGUCUAGUAUCGACAGAUUCUUGCGAAGUACCCUGAUCGAUCAUCAUCACACAAGUCAUCGUAUCCGAUGAGGAACCCGAUAUUAACGUCUUCGGGAAGCGAUUCCGACGCGAGCUCGGUUGCACCGGAGAGCAUAGGAUAUAGUAAUCACCCGCUCAGCCCGCCCGCCACAGUCCUUCAGACUUUCUGUGCCACCCCGGUCCGACCGGCGACCCCUAAAGCCCGAAGCGCGACCGACCGCACGGAAGCCCGUCAGGCUCCCAGUUCAUCUCCGGCCUGCCUAACGGAACCGGUACCCGCUCUACCGUCGAGCGCAGAACGUGCCGCGUCGCAUACGGACAGGAAGCCGAGCCGUGAAAGGAAGCGUCUAGCGCUCCUUCCUCCCCGCCGGCUCCUAAGCGAGCGAACAACCACAAGCCGGCGACGAGUUUUCUUCUCACCCACUGUGUGAGGGCGGAAGGAGGGUGUCAGGGCUGAGCCUUAUACCCUGGUUCUUCUUCUCCCAAAACAUUGGGAGAGUCUUUGGGUAGUGCGAUGUCAGUGCUAUUCGCUUGGAACAUAACGGUGUAUUUUUUUUGUUUUUUUUCCCGUUGUGUCCUUGCUAGAAGCUAGUCAGUCCUUUGUCUAUUUUGGCUUCUUUUUCUUUGGCGCAUUUUUUUCAUCCUCUUCGUUCGCAAUAUCUCUUGAGUAUGCCUUCAUUUUUCUCCUACCCUCUUCAUCCGGGGGUCUUGCGCGUAGCGGGGCAAUUCCCACCAGAUGAAGAUGUGAGGAGGCAUCUGCUUGCCGGAACAUGUUGGUUGUAAGCCUUCGUACGAAGGCGUCUAUAUUUUCCAUCUUUAGGUCUUUGGCGAUCGUAGCGUUUCUUACGUAACGCGGUGCCCCCACUAUGGCACGCAACGCAAGGUUUUCUUGAGCUUGCAGGCGACCCCGGUUCGUCGUGGUCAGAAACGGGUACCAAGCUGCUGCUGCAUAGGUCAGUCUGGACCGUAUGUAUGUCUUGUAUAUCAUGAGUUUUGUUCCUAGUGGCAGCUUGGACCGCAAGAUGCAGCUGCAUGCUGCAGUUUGACGCGAGCACCCAAUGGUGUUGUCUACAUGUUUCUUGAAUUCUCUGGUCAAUGGUUACUCCCAGGUAUUUGACGUCCGGUCUCCAUGGGAGUUCCUCCGACAUGAGCUUCAAGGGUAGUUGUGAAUUUCCCGUGAUGAUCGCCUGCGUUUUCGCUACGUUCACCACGAGUCUCCAUUUGUUCAGCCAUUCUGGCAGAGCUUCUAGAGUGGGUUGGAGUCACUUUACUGUGUACUCAGGUCUGUAGGAGGAUGCGUAGAAAGCUGCGUCAUCCGCGUAUAAUGCUAGCUGAGCCUGCUCAACGACCGGGAUAUCGUUUGUAUACCAGGCAUAACUAUUAUUUGGCAUGUCAUCUCUGUUUUUAUUUUGUAUUUUGCAUUAUUUUGUACAGCAGCCCCUCGUGCCAUACGCGAUCGAAGGUCUUCUCCAUAUCUAGCAGUACUGCUGCGACAUAUUCCUUCUUGUUAUGGCUCACGGCCUACUCGUUCACCAUCCGUGUGAUCUGCAAGGUGGUGGAGUGUUAAGCUCUAAAACCGAAUUGCUCUUCUCUUGGCUCUUUGCACGGUGUCAUAUGUUUUAAUAGGACUCUCUCAAAUAAUUUGGAGAGAGUACUUAAUAAAGUUAUCGGCCUAUAGCUCUCUGGUUUGCGGGCGUCCUUUCCCGGUUUUAGAAGCAUCACCACCUUGCCUACCUUCCAAGCAUCUGGAAAAUGGCCCGAGCGGAAUAUGCCGUUGAAAAUGGAUUUGGUGCGAACUGUCGCUUCAGACUGUCGGCCAGGAUUUCCGCCCUGUCUGCCGCUGCGAACUUCAGAAGGAAAUUCUUAUCCAAGAGUGGCUGGACCGGUCUGUGGCUCCUGGAGAGCUGUUUGCAUAGCUUGUGGACUGAGGGUACUUCGUCAUUUAUAUUUAAAACGUGUCUUUCCCACCCCUCGGCUGCGUACUCGUCCAAAGCUAUGCGCACUUGCUCUAAAAGAUGGUUGAGGCGGCGUUUGGUUGUAGGACAUCUUGUAUGUUGCCACAGUUUCCUAGUCUCUCUCUUAUCGUUUAUAAGUGUCCGUAUCUUCGCCGUGAGCUGUUCUUGCUUUUCCCCGGCUUAGAGGUGCGCGUUGCUGAUUUGAGAGAGAGCUGGAUGGCGCUCGUGAGUGCCUCGGUUUCGUUGUCCACGUCAUUAUCUGUAGUUACAGGCCCUGUUGUGUUUCUUGCUUCCAUUUCAUUUCGGAACACUUCCCCAGUCCAUCCUCUGUCUUUUGGGUUGGAGUGUGACCCUACUGGGAAGGAGUUUCAGAGUGAGUAGUAUCAACCUGUGGUCAGAGUCGAGAUCAUGUACACUACACUCAGCUCUGGAACUGCGGCGCCGAGUCCUUUGUAUAAGGCCAGGUCAAUGAUGUCGCCGCUUCCGUCAUGCAUGUAGUGCGUCCACGUUGUUGGGUCUGUAACUUCAUAACGGCCCUCAACCAUCUCUUGGUACAUCGUGCCUGCCACUAUAGUGGGGGUGCUGCAUUGAAUACGGACCUUUAUUCCAAUUUGUUGGGUUUUGUUCCAGGAGAUUUGUAUAUAGAGUAGGUGUCCAUUGUAUGCCCCGCUAUACAAAUGGUUACACCCAGCGUCUGAAAGGAAUUGUAUUAUUUAGUAGUGAUAGGCUGAUGUAUCACUCUCCUAUGUACUAGUACCGCUAGUCCGAGAUACACCUGUCCCGUCGGCGAUAUCUCGUCUUUUCUAUAGACAUGGUAGUUGCGGAUCUUGAAUUCUUCGUUAGGAUGCAGGUGUCUCGAUAACUAACAGAAUGUCUACUUGGUACUCUUGAAGGAACGCUUUCAAUAUCGGUCAAGCUUUGUAGUUAGCCGGGUGCAGUCCGCCACAGUUCUUGCACGUGGUGGCUUCGUCCUACGGUCGAGGGCACUCACUGGCCCUGUGGAGUUCUCCACAGCGUGCACACGUUUGCUGUCACAGAUUGUGUAUUUGCCGUCUUCCUCAGUGAAACAUAAAAUAUACUGCCCGGGCGACCUUGUCAGGCUUUUAUGUUUUUCACGUGAUCUAUAUUAUAACCUCUAGUUUUUAAGGCUUCCGUGAUCUCCUCCGUGCAUUUCUCUGAUGGCAGCCCUCGGAUCGCCACCUUGAUAUUUCUUUCUGCAGACGGGGAGUACGAAUGCCAUUCGAGCCCUGUCUCUUUAUCUAGAUCAGAGAAAUAGGCCUGCAGCAUUCUGUACUCGACCUCGUCUUCCGGCAGGAAUCUGAACCUGCUUUUGCACGGGCGGCUGUUUGGCGGUAGAUUGAGUUUCUCCGCCAGUAUCUUGAAGUGGCUGGACCAAUUCUCCAGCCUUUCAAUCACUACUGGCGGGUAUCGAGGCUUCUUUGGCUGUGCUUCUACUGCGGGUAGCGUAGGACGGGCAGCGUUGCGCUGCGAUGGGCGGGUUGCGGUCGUAGGUGCCUGUCUAGCGCCCUUGGGUGGCGCAGGUCUGGCGACAUUGAGCGGCGCAGGACGCGCUUGAUUUAACGCUCAAAGUGUAGCUACGCUGAUCUUGAUUUGGCUGGUAAACUGGAUGAUGUCCCUCGGUAUGUCACUGGUGCGCGAGAUAUGACGCAGUCGAUUUAUCUCGGCGAGGGCGAUGGUUUCCGGCCGAUCGAGUUUCUAAUUAUUGUAUGUCUGCAGUUUUGAGUUCACGAUGAAUAGGCUGCUGACUGCUUCUUUUGCUUUACCUUUUAGCGCCUUCCUCAGUCUUGUGGUGUUUUCUACAUCUGAAAAAUAUACAGCUGUUUCUUGGUUGCCCGCACGGAACGCGAGCCAUUCGAAGUUAGAGCCGUCGAGUGGUAUCAGAUCUCCGAUUUAAUUUGAAACCAAUGGUGCGUGAUGUGACCGCGCAGCAUUGGUGAUUGCAGCAGUCGGCUCGCUGAGGUGAAGACGGUCUUCCUCCGAUCGGUUACUUUUCGGCACGAUUGCAGGCUGCUUCUCAGUGACUGUAUUUGAUCGCACCUCCCUGAUGGGUUGUGACGAUUUCAGUGGUGGUACUUUGUCUAGCCACUCGGCGACGCCGGGUCGACGAGGUCGCCCCAGACUCCUCUGACGCGACGGAGCCUUCAUCUUCGGAUUCGUCUUCUAAAAUCACGAGCAGCUUCGCCUCAAAUUUCCUAAUUUUAGAUCGAUCGAUCUAUCGAUCUUUAAUAAAACCAUGUGUUGCCUUUAGUAAUGCAGUACGCGGGUGACCAUUGAUCGGGCCGGUCCUAGUUACCAUUAACCAUUACAGGACUGUCGUUUCAUGCGAUGGCCAAAUUAACCUAUUUAUUUAAAACAAAAGAUUUUUAAUAUCGAAUUGGUCACUAUUAGACGUUGUUUGGUUAGCUAAUAACGUUAUAAUAAUUAACUUAAUACAGAAGAUAUAACAUGGAUCUCACAACUUUUUACGGUAGAAGAACAGGGUUGCGAGAUUUGGUUUUUUUACAAGUAUGUUUUUGAUGGCAUAAAGUUUACACACCAAAACGUAGUAAAGGCACAUGCUAUCUAUAAAAGAAAACAACGGGAUUCUCUUGCGAUACUACAGAUAGUGUUUUUGCUGUGUAGCGCCUGUGUCGGUGGUGUGGUAAUGACGUCAUCGGAAUCGACCAUGACAUGUUUAUGACGCUUAAUGUGUUUCCCACUUGGGCUUUAACACGUGUCACGUGCACAAGUAAACAAGUUAAUUCGACUGACCAACGCAGCCGGUAGUGAGUAACUAAACCAGGAGAUCACGGUAUCCCUGAAUAGUACGGUCCUCAUUUUCGUAAAUCGUGCAAAAUCUCUAUAAAAGAUGCACAGGUAACGGCCUAACCAUGGGGAUGUGCGAUGCGAAUGGCGAAGCGGUGGGAGAGGCGAAACUCCCACCGCUUUUGGGCGACACAGUUUGAGGGCCAAGGGCAGUCAAGUUCGCCUAAAUUUUGCCUGCCGUUUGAAUAGGAAUAAGGGGUAUAGAUGGAGAAUUCAACAAGAAGUACGAGAACUACAGAAUGUAUUCAGAAUUUUUUUCGAGUACCAGAAUACUUUUGAAUACCAGAAUGAGUAUCGAAACAUUCCAUAUUCUGGAAUAGCUGGCCUAGCCAGUACUUUAGAAAUAAAAGUUUCACAAUUUAUUCGAGGCGUAAACAACUAAACCUGCUUAGUUUCUGUACUAUUCGCCGCGCCUGCCGCUCGGCUUGCGCCGUACUGUUUCAUGCAUUUGUUUCAGUCGCCCCCCCGAUUCGCUCGGUAAAUUUUGCCGGUCGCUUCACCAUUCGCCGCAGCGCGUGGCUUGAUAUUUCGAUACAUAUAUUCUAGUCGCUAGACGCUUUGCGAAAAAUUCGCAAUUGCAAAUAUCCCGUGGUCAGGCUGUUAUUUAUACUUAGUAAUACUGGGACUCACUGCUCAAGUCACUCGCUCCCUGCAUCUACUGAAUCGCUGUACCUCUCCAUUCUCAGCUUCCUUCUUUAUUCUAACAUGCUUGUGGCUGUUUCGUAUAAUUGUAUUAUAAAAUGAUGUAUUUUUAAGUUUGUAAAUAAUAUUAAUUAUUGAUAUAAUAAAUACUUCUAUUAAGA